CUAUUCAACAUCCUACAAGAAGAUAUCAGAAACACGGCUGGGACAAGUGUAGAAGCCUUCAAGAGGAAACUGGACAAGUAUUAUCACCAGUUGUCAGAUCAGCCAGGCUGUGAUGGAUAUGUGAGGCAGCAGGUCUCCAGCAGCAACAGCCUGGUUGACCAGGCAAGCACCAGACGAGCCUGGCCCAUGGCCAGGCUCAGAGAGUAGAGAAGCCUUCGAAAUUCUUCAAAGGUAAAGGUAUACCCAGCACAUACACACAUCAUCCAGCACAUCAUACACAUCAUCCAGCACAUCAUACACAUCACUCAUAUACAUCAUCUAGAACAUAAUACACUUUAUCCAGCACAUACACAAUAUCCAGCAUGUCAUACACAUCCAGCCCAUCAUACACAUCACCCAGUCAUGCACAUCACCCAACACAUCAUACACAUCACCUGUCACAUCAUACAUUUCACCCUGUGCAUUAUACUUAUCAUCCAGCACAUCAUGCACUUCAUCCAGCACAUCAUAUGUAUCACCCAGCACAUCAUACACUUUACCCUCUGCAUUAUACACAUCACCCAUCACAUCAUACUCUUCACCCUCUGCAUUAUAUACAUCAUACACAUUACCCAGCACAUCAUACACUUCACCCUCUGCAUUAUAAACAUCAUACACAAUGUACACAAUAUUUCCAGAAGUAUAAUGUGUUCAUUGUUCAUUUCAGAGCACACUGAUGUUAUACCAGCAUCCUGAGAGAACGUUUUACAGAACAAGUUAUAAUGAACGUUCCACUAGUGGCAAAACUAAACAUUCACCAUAACUGAAUGAACAUUCGUCAUAAACUGAACAUUCACCAUAAUGUCCACUGACAACAACUGAUUUGCAACAACCCCCUCAACUGAGCUAGCAAGAAAACCCACACUUGCCCUGGAUAAGUGAACCCCAUCCCUGGCAUACAUGUCAUUUCGGCCAUAGAAGUUGUUCCAGUUGCCCGGUCUAUGACCAGGCCUCCCAGUGGAUCAGGGCCUGAUAAGUAAUGAAUGUACUGUGUCUUUCUUAUGAGCAAGUUCAAUAGCAUACACUGCUGACAGUGUUAUCACAGUGUAAGUUUAGCAGCAUACACUGCUGACAGUCAAUGUGAUCAACAGGAAGUUCCAAAAAGUUCACCACACUGUUAGAAAUACUUUACAUGUGUCAUAAAGGUCAUCUUGAGUUCCUGACUACUCUAAGUUCAGCCUUGUUCAGUGAGUAAGUUCACUGAUCUUAAUUGAUCACAUUCAGCAAAAUCACCUUAUUGUUCAAGUGUUCUUGUUCACAAGGAACACUGAACAGGCAGCAACAAAGUUCAGGUUUUACUUAUAUAUGGAACUUUAUAUUAUGUAUUUGAACCAGUAAUGUAUUUAAAACUUGACAGAUGGUUAUAUUACUUUAUUGAACUUUUCUAUGGACUGAAAACCUAUUAAAGUUCAACUGUUUUAUAGCAAUAAUAUUGAACUUUAUUUUGUGUUAGUUGCAUGUGUGUAAUAAAAUUUUGAGCUUAUAUAUGUCUGAGCUAAUAUAUGUCUUGGUUAAUGUAUUUCCUUGAAGUAUACAUCAUGUAUGCCAUACAUAAUCUACCAUACUGUAUACAUAAGUGUACUAUAUGAAGCUGUUUUUAAUGAGCAUAUUCUUCGUUAUUAAUAAUAAUUAUAACUUGAUUAGAACUUAAAGUUUUUCCAGUGUCCAGUAAAGUUGAAAAUAAUGUUAUUGUCAAAAUACACUGAAUGGAAAACACGUUUUUGACAAUGGAGAAAAAAAUUAUUCCAAUUUUGCAUGUUAUGUAGAUUUUGAUAUUGUGAGCGUUCAUGAAGAACAAUGUUAUUAGUUACUAAGUUCAUGAAGAACAAUGUUAUUAGUUACUAAGUUCAUGAAGAACAAUGUUAUUAGUUACUAAGUUCUCUCUUUGUAGAGUUUUAUAAGAGAGAAACAAUACAAUGCUUUAGGGUGCUGUGCCUGUGAGCUUACAUGUGGGGCCAAGAGCUGUGACUUGACCCUUGCAACCACAUAUAUGUGAGUACACAACACAGGUGUAUAUUAAGUUACAGUUGUGAACAAAAGUGUACAGCAGUAACACAGGUUGUACUUGGUGUACAAGGACUGUACAUGAUCUUAGUGUUCACAUCUGUUCAAAAAUGUCUGAUGUAGAAGUGAACAUGAAAAGGGAUAAGGAAGAGAAGCCUUUUCCCUGUUCACUGUGUUCAAAAUCAUUCUCCUCUAACUCUCAUCUCCUGAGGCAUCAGAGUGUUCAUUCAGAUGACACACCAUACCAGUGUUCACUGUGUCCAAAAUCUUUUGCAAACAGCUGCUACCUGGCCAGACAUCAGCUUGUUCACACGGAAGAGAGACCAUACCAGUGUUCUGAGUGUCUGAAGUUCUUUAAGUCGAAGGCUAGACUGACAGAACACCAGAGGUUUCACAUGAAAGAUAAACGAUUUCAGUGUCGUGUGUGUCUGAAAUUAUUUUCAGGAAAGAGCGGCUUGAAUAGGCACCUCAUAGUUCAUACAGGAGAGAAGCCUUAUGAGUGCUCUGUGUGUCUGAAGGAUUUCAAAGAUAAAAGUUCUCUCAGUCAACAUACGAUCAUACAUACCGGGGAAGCUUCAUACCACUGCCAGAUAUGUCUAAAAGGUUUUGCACAGAGUGCUUCUCUUAGCAAGCAUAUGAGGACCCAUACAGGAGAAAAGCCCUACCAGUGCUCAAUGUGUGGAAAAAGCUUCAAACAACAGAGCCACCUGACAACUCACAUGAAGAUCCACACUGGUGAGAAACCAUACCAGUGCUCCGUGUGUUCCAAAAAAUUCACUUUAAAAUCGGCUCUAGUUAGACACGAAAAACUUCACACUGGACUGAAACCAUACAGGUGUUCUGAGUGCCUUAAAGACUUUGUUUUAAAAUCCAGACUAACUGAGCACAUGGUAUCACACACCCAAGAAAAACAUCAUACUUGCCCAGUGUGUUCCAAAAGUUUUAAAAUAAAAAAUUACUUAACAACACACAUGAAAGUUCAUAGUAAAAAAGCCCUUAAUAAAAAAAGAGCAACUGAAAAGCCAUUUCAAUGUUACAAAUGUCUUAAAGGCUUUUUGUACAAGACAAAUCUAUUGUACCAUAUGAGUAUUCAUUCACAAGAAUCAAAACAUAAUAAUAUUCAGGAUCUGAAAGAUUUUAGGAAAGAAUCUCUUUGUAAAACUGAUGACAACAACAGUGUUUAAAACCUGAGAACAACAGUAUUUAAAACCUGAGAACAACAGUAUUUAAAACCACACAACAGUAACUGGGAGACAUAAUAUAUACAUUAACAGCAUAAAAACCAGCACAAUAGUAGAAUAAACCAGAGAAUGGGUCGAGGUUUAAACCCAUUGCCAUAGGUUCGAGACCUACUCAUUCCAUGGUUUGUUUACAACCAUUUACAGUUUUGUGAGUUGUGAGUUAAAGAUUAACAUGCUGUGAACUCGUACAUAAAAUGAACAAAGAGGAAGGUGGACGGGAGACUUGAACUGUGGUCCCCAGAUUAACAGGUCUGCUGCUGUCUGUCCAUUCACUGGCAGUCAUUUAUUAUGACUUAAAUUGAGUUUAUACAUAAAAUGUUCAUGUAUUAUGUUCAGUAAAUCACAAAUCAUCAAUUACUUGCAUGUACAAUGGUACCUCGGGAUAUGAACUUACUUUGUUCCAGAAGGCUACUCGAGUGCCGAUACCAAACGAAUUUGUUCCCAUAAAGAAUAACGUAAAUUAGAUUAAUCUGUUUCAGACCCCCAAAAAUACACUUACAAAAGCACUUACGUAAAUACUCUUACAUAAUUGUUCAAGUUUUGAGCUGUUCGUAUCCCGAGGUACCACUGUAUUACAAUAUUAGCUAAGUCGAACAAUAAAAGUUUAAGAAACAGUGAAUUAGGAUAGUCAUUUUGGACCACUAAAUCUUAUAUUUACAAAUAUAUAAAUCA